AUGUCAAAGGUCUCUGCAGCCGUCAAGGCCUCCCUCGUCGGGACACAGGAGGAGGAGCUCGUAGUGUCGCAACAGAUUAAAGCCAAUUUUAUACAGCACGCGCGCAAGGACGAGAGCUCUGGAGAGCUGUACAUGACUGAGGAUGAAUUUAUCGAUGCUAUUGCGCCCAAGCAUCAAGACUAUCACAAAAUUCGACGUGACCAAUACGGUAUUCUAUUUCGAGUCGCUGAUCGCAGGAGGGUCGGGCGAAUUAACAUGACCGACUGGGCUGCAUUCGAGCACCUUUUAGCAAAGCCCGAUGCGGAAUACGAGAUCGCUUUCCGUUUGUUCGACGUGGAAGGAACCGGUGCCGUCAAAUUUGAAUCAUUUAAACAAUUGUACGAUCAGAACAAGGGCGCUGAAACCAUUCCUUUCGACUGGAAUUCCGAGUGGGCCUCGCUGUAUAUUGGAAGAAAGAAAACACGGCAUGACAUGACUUACCCACAGUUCGCCCAAAUGCUUCGCGGGUUGCAAGGAGAACGCAUUCGCCAGGCAUUCCAUCUCUUUGACAAGGACGGCGAUGGAUAUAUUGCUCCAGAGGAUUUCCAGCGCAUCAUUCUCGAGACUUCGAAACACAAACUCUCCGACUACCUGUUAGACCAUUUACCUACCUUGUGCAAUAUCUCAACAGGAAGCAAGAUUUCGUAUGCCAACGUCCGUGCUUUCCAGAAUAUCAUUCAAGAGAUAGACAUGAUUGAUAUCAUCAUUCGGGAAGCCACUAAAAAGAGCGCCGACGGAAAAAUAACUCGCGCUGAAUUCCUAAACGAAGCCGCUCGCAUUACACGCUUCUCACAGUUCACGCCCAUGGAAGCAGACAUUCUCUUUCAUUUUGCAGGAUUAGAGGCUCCGAGUGGGAGACUCUCCCUGAAAGAUUUCGCAAAGGUGAUUGAUGCCUCGUGGCAAACGGCAGAUCACGCGCUUGGCUCGUUGGCUGAAGGGGUCGCCAAAGCGGAAAAGAGCACCACCUCGUUUUUGUACGGCUUGCUUGAGUCCGCCCACCACUUUGCUCUUGGAAGUAUUGCUGGUGCUUUUGGUGCAUUUAUGGUCUACCCCAUUGAUUUGGUUAAGACGCAUUGUGCAAGGAAGGUCAUCCGCAACGAGGGUAUUCGUGGCCUUUAUUCCGGUGUUAUCCCGCAACUAAUUGGGGUUGCCCCUGAAAAGGCCAUUAAACUUACUGUCAACGACUUGGUUCGCGGUUAUGCCACGGACCAAGAAACGGGUAAAAUCAAAGUUCCCUGGGAGAUCCUUGCUGGAGCCUCUGCUGGUGGUUGCCAAGUUGUCUUUACAAACCCGUUAGAGAUUGUCAAGAUUCGACUCCAGGUCCAGGGCGAGCUUGCCAACAGUGUUGAAGGAACUCCUAAACGCUCUGCAAUGUGGAUUGUGAGGAAUUUGGGUCUUGUUGGACUUUAUAAGGGUGCAAGUGCUUGUCUUCUUCGUGACGUUCCGUUCUCCGCGAUCUACUUCCCUACCUAUGCCCAUUUGAAAUCAGACUUUUUCGGAGAGUCACCCACGAAAAAGCUUGGUGUAUUGCAGCUUCUCACAGCUGGUGCCAUCGCCGGUAUGCCUGCAGCCUACCUUACAACACCAUGUGAUGUGAUCAAGACACGUCUACAAGUGGAAGCUCGCAAGGGUGAGACGAAAUACACUUCUUUGCGCCAAUGUGCCUCCUCCAUCUGGAAAGAAGAAGGCUUUAAGGCUUUCUUCAAGGGCGGCCCCGCUCGUAUCCUGCGUUCGUCCCCGCAAUUUGGGUUCACUCUAGCAGCCUAUGAGGUUUUGCAAAAGGCUUUGCCCUUGCCUGGAUCUGAAGACCACGCCCCGUCUCUCUCGACUGUCGAGACGUCCUCAGUGCCAUCAACAAGUGCUCCACUCCCCUAUCUUCGCUCGCGAAAUGCUUUGAAACUCAUUCUCGACCUUGACGAGAACUUCGGCCGCGUCCGAAUUCCCGAUGGUGUUUCGCUUCCCAAAAUUUUCGGUGGAUCAAAGCAAUGA